CAGUCCGUUCCCUUGUUUUUACUGCGGCGCACCGAUCGGAUGGGAAAAAUCAGGUGCGAGUUGGUUAAUCAACAGUCCGGCCGCUGGAGCGCAAAGUGGGAACAAGCGCGCAGUCCUCGAAGAAGGGAAGCGAGCCAGUCUCGCCCUGACGUCGUUGAGAGAAGAACUCCCCGGCGUCGGGAAAUGGGGCAGGACAGGGCGGAGUUUGAUAGAAAAAAAUAAAGCCGCAGACAAGUUUUGAGAAGCGAGGAGUGGCUCCUUCUUCAGACGGGGAGGAGAAGGGCGAGAAGACCAGAUUUGCUGACUGGAGUCAAGGAGAAAAAAGAAACCCAUUUCUUUCCUCCUUCAGGCCUUUGGGUGGACAGCAGUCGAUGGCCAAAGGAGAAGAGAGGGGAAUUCCCGCGGCUGUGACACAGCAGGAGAAAGACAUGGCCCUGCAGCAGCAGCAGCAGCCGCAAUAUCCCUCGACGCCGCUUUCCUUGGGCAGUUCUGCUGCGCAGUCUCCUUACAUCCACAGCAUGCCCGCCUGGGUGCUGGAGGAUUUCUGUCAGAAGAUGGACUGCCUCAACGACUACGACUGGAUGCGCUUUGCAUCCUAUGUGAUAACUGACCAGACCGAGCUGAGAAAAAUCAAGUGCAUGGAGAAGGCAGGAAUCAGUAUAACAAGAGAGCUGAUGUGGUGGUGGGGAGUGAGACUCGCAACUGUCCAGCAGUUGUUGGAACUUCUGCAAGAACUUCAGCUCUAUCGGGCAGCACAAGUAAUUGCAAACUGGAAGUCACUUUCGUUGCCCACUGAUUCUGCAAGGACUCCUUUAGAGACCCCUCAACAGGAAAAUGCAUCACUGCAUCCAACUGGGAACAAAAAUAAGACCACAGCAGAUCCUGCUCUAAAACCAGAUGCACAUUUGCUUCCUCUAUCCCCACCUCCAACUUCUAUGGACCUUCCACAUUCUUUACGUUCAAAUCCACCAGUAUUGCCAAGUGUCAAGCCUGGCAGUUCUUCCAUCCCUCAACAGGAAGCUAUUCCUAAUCUCCUCACUGCAAGCCUUUUGUGGGCUCCAGAAGAAGUGGAAGCUGUCACCAGUGGCUUCAGUGAGGAAAACCGAAUUAGUGAAGGCAUGUUUGCCACUGCCUACAAAGGUUGCAGGGACAACAAUUUAUACGUGGUUAAAAGACUAAAAGAGCAAAAUCAGACACAAAAACUAUUUCGUACAGAGGUACAGAUCUGCUUCCGGAGUUGCCAUCUUAACAUUCUGCGGCUGUUAGGCUUUACUGUAGAAAGUGGAUUUCAGUGCCUGAUAUACCCUUACAUGCCUAAUGGAUCGUUGAUGGACAGACUGCACUGUCAGGGCGGUUCUGAACCAUUAACAUGGGAAAUACGCAUCAAAAUUUCUUUGGGACUUGUUCAAGCUGUUCGGCACUUGCAUCACUUAGGAAUUAUUCAUGGGAAUGUGAAAAGUUCCAAUGUCUUAUUGGAUGAAAACUUUGCACCACAACUUGGACAUUCUGGUCUCAGGUUGCAGCCUGCAGAGAAAAAAUCAGAGCGCUCUGUGAUGAAAACCAAAGUCUUGCAAGCUUCUCUCACUUACUUCCCGGAGGAUUUUGUCAGGCAUGGGCAGCUAACAGAAAAAGUGGACAUAUUUGGUUGUGGAAUAGUUUUAGCAGAGAUACUGACUGGCAUGAAGGCAAUGGAUGAAGGAAGGCAUCCUUUUUACCUGAAAGACGUCUUCCUUGAUGAAAUCCAGGUGGCAAAGGAACUAUCCAGUUCUAAGGAGGAGAAAACCUUUGAAAGACUUGCUGCCACAGAAAUAUGUCACAAAUAUCAAGACAAGCAUGCAGGUCACUUACCAGAAAUGACUGCUGUUUGGUUGGCCACUGCUUCCUGUGUUUGCCUGCGGAAAAAGAAAGUUAACAUGGCAGAGGUGCAUGAAAUAAUUGAAAUGGCAGAUCAUCAAAUACAGUGUCAGAAAAUGCCCGAGUGGAGCAGAUACCGUGGACUCUCCAUGAAUACUCCAGAAGAAAACGAUGAGCCAGCCAGCCCCCUUCAUUUUGGUUUCUCAAAUGAAGUGAAUCCUGGGUCUUUGAACUGUGGAGAUUUGCUGCCACCUUCGAUGAACACCAUGUCUCCUGAAACAUACUCUGGGCAGAUAUUACGGGUCCCUUGUGAGUCAGAUGAAUCAAGUAACUUUUCGUGGGACCCUAAAGAUGCUGCUACUGCCGCCGCCUGCCAGCCACCAAGCAACAACUCUCAAUACCUAGAAAAUAUUUCCCCCACAAAGCCUCUGGGAAAGGAUUCAGAAUAUAGCAGUGUCUUCUCAACAAAAAAUAUGGACUCUAAUAAGGAGCAACUAGAAACAACUGCUUCUUUAAAUAAAACGACUCCAUCAAAUACAAAUACGGAAAGCUCUGGUGCUGCCUGUUCUUCACAAGGUAACAAGCAGGGGUGAAAGAAAUAAGAAUCAACGAUAAAAAGAAGAAAAUGAUGGAACGGUUUUUACUGUAUGAAGAAAAUAAGAUAAAUACUUGUGAACUCUUUGAAGAUUUGAUGUAACUAAAUCAUCAUCCAUGCAGUUUGCAGAUUAAACUUUAUUGGAAGUAGAAACAAAAGCACAAUGCAUUUUUUGAAGUUACAUUGGGUACCUAUACAAGAUAUGGAUAGGAUGGGGAGAGCAUCAACUUGAGGCGAUUAGUGUCAAGAUUAUAUUCACAGCUCUGACAUGGCAAGAGAAUUCUUCUUUACAAUAUGAAGACUCAAGUUACUUGCUUAAGGAAAUGCUAUGGUCAGAAUGCAAUUCGUAUUUAGAUUAAUUUUAUUUAUUCAUUUCUUACAUGUAUAUCCAAUUACUCAAGACAGCACACAUGCUUCUUCCCCUACCUUUUAUCAUCACAUCUCUGCAAGUUAGGUUACAUUGAGGGAUGGUGACUGGCCCAAAGUCACCUCAGUGAACUUCAUAGACAAGGAGGUUUGAACAUAGGUUACCCUAGUCUGAUGCAAUAUAUACAGAACUGAUGUGCUUUGCAUCCAAGCAGACAAAACUGGUCAGAGUUCUGAUUGCUCUAAAUUUAAAAUGCAUCUAUAGCAGCUAAAAUAAUAUACGUUUUGCAGGACUGUCUGGUUUGUACAUUUCUUAGAAAUAUAAUUCAGAAUACAGUAACUCACAGUAGCAAUGCAGUUCCACUGAGUUCAAUAGGACAUAAUACCAGGUACAUUAAUAUUGUAGCCCAAAUUUGGCAAAAUCCUGCGAACGAGACAUAUUUCAAUACUAAGCAGUUCUAAAUUAAGCAGUUCUAAAUCCAAGAUUACUCUAGCUGACAGACUUGGUACUUCUGUUUAAUGUAGCAACAAGCUUUUGCUUCUUCUGCAAAACUGCAUUAUUUACCUCCUAAUGGUAGGUGGUUGAAAGGAAUGGGUGUAUAGACAAUAUAAAUGCUGUAUUGGUGAUUUGGGGGUUUAAGUUUGCUAGUAAGCUAAUGGUAUUAUUAUAAAACUAUUUAUUCACUGACAGUGUUGACCUUUUGAAGCUAUUAAUGAAUAUAUUGGAAAUAUUUUGUAGCAUAUUUUGUAUUUUUUGCAUUUUCAGAACUUUGAUAUUUUUUUAAAAAAACUAAGUUUUGAAGCAUAUUUGCAUUCAUCAUGUUCUAUCCUUUUUGGCAUUAAUAAUUUUACUUGCUGGAUCUUUUGGGCGAGGCAGAGGCAAGUCUUGCAGUGCAAUCUUAAUGGCACUUAUUUUUCAGUACACAAGUCUUAAGUUCAGUGCGGCUUACUUCUAAGUAAAUUUGUAUAAGCUUGUGGUCUGAAGCAUCCAAAGAGAAGACAGAAAUAGAUUAUUAUGCUGUUCUAUGGCUUUAUUGAAUAGCUAUACUGUAUAUCCCCAACCCUUUAAGCUCCAUAACUCAUCAUUGUAAUAUAUCUUUUCAGGUUCAUUGCUCCAAAUGCUUGAAGCUCAUUAUACAUUUGAAAUAAAUUAUUGAGAAAGGCCGUUUUUGUGAAUGUGGUCCUUUUAAUGGUUUAAGCGGUGUUAUGUCUCCAUAUAAAUUCUUUCUCUAGUUAUAUGUGUCACUGUUUAUGGUACUGAACAUAAAUUUGUUGUUUAUAAUAGCCUGCUCUUACAUCUAUAUUGUAGCUGAGGCUACAAUACUUUGGCCACCUCAUGAGAAGAGAAGACUCCCUGGAAAAGACCCUGAUGUUGGGAAAGAUGGAGGGCACAAGGAGAAGGGGACGACAGAGGACAAGAUGGCUGGACAGUGUUCUUGAAGCUAUGAACAUGAGUUUGACCAAACUGCGGGAGGCAGAAGAAGACAGGAGUGCCUGGCGUGCUCUGGUCCAUGGGGUCACGAAGAGUCGGACACGACUGAA